AUGGCGAAUAAAUUUGGUUUAGGUUCUUUACCUUUAGAUACUAAAAAACCUCACACUACAACAUGGAUAAAUAAAGCAAAACCUUAUUUUGUGAAACAAAUUGCAGACACACUUCAAGGUGAUUUAGAUAUGAAUAAUUUUACCUUAACUAAUUUAAAGUUACCAGAAAAUAAUUAUGAUGCUGUUCACAAGAAAUAUUUAAUGUAUCAAUUGAAUUUAAUUGUAGUAAAUAAAGACCAUUUAAAAGAAAGAAUAAAUGAUGUGAAAAGAUUCUUCAAACGACAACUAAAUAAUAAAGAUUUUAUUGAUGAAACUAAACUACAACAAGAAUUAAAAGUUGAUCCAUUAUUCUUUAAAGAUUCUGGGGACGCAAAUAAAACUCUUCAGUUUAUUAAUGGUAGAGAAAAUGUAGAAACACAAGAAUAUAACCCCGACAACCGCUAG